AAAACUUUCACCUCCGUGUGUGCCGUCGUAGUUUGGGAGAUGUGAAGCUGUCGGUGGAAGGUUGGUUAAAAUUGCGAGAACAGGAAGGUGCGGGACCCUUUCUCAACACGUCCCGCCAAUUCCCCUCUCGGCAAUGUCAGAUAUUCAGCUCACCGACAGCUUAUCUUCCUGUAGUUUAUUCGCAGUGAGCUAGGUCACGGCUAUCGGCAGAUUCAUCACCAUUUACAGCUAAGCGUAUGCAUAAUUGCACACCCUAAAUAAAUAGGCAAUACCCAUACGUAAGAUUAGCUUCUUGACCUAAAGCUGAGCAUUUUGGAUGGGGGAGAGGGGAAUGAGAAUACCCACCAUUCUCUCUCUCUCUCUGCGUCUACACCCAUUGGCCAUUGAGGCAUUUGCAGAAGAUUAAUGCGCCCGGAUCUCUGAAGAACAAGAGUUACCAUCCACCAUAACCAAGAAUGGAAAUGUUAGCACCCGAAACAUAUUCUUUGAAUUACUUGAGACUUGGGCUCAAAGGAUCUGGAAAGGGAAAAUCAAGAAAACCUCAAGUCCUUUCUAUUAUUUCAAUGCUUCUUGAGAGUUCUGUUAAGAAAAACGAAAAGUGUAUGAAAAGUAUAGCAGACAAAAAUCCCGUUACCGUAUUCCAUGGUUCAAGAGCCCCCGCUCUAAGCAUUCAACAAUACGUGGACCGUAUCUUCAAAUACGCCUGUUGUAGCCCCUCCUGCUUUGUGGUAGCACACAUAUAUAUGGAGAAAUUCAUCCAAUGCACCAGCUCCUCUUUGACUUCCAUUAAUGUUCAUCGGCUUUUGAUUACAAGUGUAAUGGUGGCUGCAAAGUUUAUUGAUGAUGCGUAAGUUUUGCUUUACAUGUCCUCGUAACUUUCAUUUUGGCUCGCUUAGAGAAGUCCAUUUACUUGUUGUAUACUUUCAUUUACACACAUGCUUCUUUAUAAUAAAGGCCCUUAGUUAUUACUCCCUCUGUCCAAAAUUAUGGAAUCAUGUGUCAAAAGCUUUAAGGUCCCAAAACAAUCCUAUUUCAUUAAACUUGACUAAUUUUGUAUGAAAUUUUCCAAAAAAUUGUUACAAACAAGUUUAAUGUGAUAAGCUCUAUUAAUACUUAAAAAGUAGGGACCCCUGACUUUUAGGGGAAUGUUGGGUUCAUAUCAUGCUCUUAUGACAUGAAUCUCAAAUUACCCAAGGUAAUAUCAUAUGUUGCCGUUUGGCUCAAUGAAUGUAAUCUUCAUCAAUGUAAUGUGACUGUGAGAUUCCAAAAGAAAAAUAUGACUUUUUAGUUCAGUUUUUCUACAUUCCCUGCUAACAUACCAUGGAAUGUGAUACCAGGGGAUGUGAUGAUAUUAAAUAGACUUCCCAUUAUAAGAGUUCUACCUUGCCAUAAUUUUAAAAGUUGUAUCUUGACCUAAUAUAGCUCUAUUUCUUAAGGACGAGAUGGAUAAUAGGUCUUGGCUCAUAUACAUAAUGCAUAUACUUGUAGUGUACUGUAGUCAUGGGAUCCUGCAGUUAUUGUGUGUUGACCGACCAUCUAAAGUAGGUAAUUGUUUGGUUCUUAAUCUAAUCAAGCACAAUCCAACAAACUUGUCAAAAGCGUUAAAAAGCGCUGAAAAGCGACGAAGCGCAGGCGAGCGCCUGGCUUUUGAGAAGCGCCGGGUAAUGGGAAAGCGUCGCUUUUCCAGCGCUUUUGAUGGAGCUCGCUUAAUGAAAAGCUAUCGCUUUUCAUGGCUUCUCACAAAAAGCGGUAGAUACCUUGACCAGUCAAUUUUUUUAUUUUAAAAAAAGGCUUCUCGUUUGGACCGUAUAGGGUUAUACGUAAGAGUCGUUCGACUCUUUCCCAAAUCCCCCUCCAGACAUAGCUGCCCUCCACGCAAUCGCGCAGAGCCGCGUACCUGAAGAAAUCGCAGGUGAAGAGGAGUUCUCCACCCCUGUUUCCAAGUCGCGAAUCGCAGGUGAAGGGUUCUCCCAGACUAUCGCCGGUGCUGCGCAGGACCGCAGGUUUUUCAACAACGCAUAUUAUGCAAGGGUGGGUGGUGUGAGCACUGCAGAAAUGAAUAGAUUGGAGAUGAAGUUGUUGUUUGGUCUUGAUUUUAGACUUCAAGUGAGUGUGCAGACAUUCGAGAACUACUGUACACUCUUAGAAAACGAAGGGAAAAGCAUGACAAUGACGCGUUCAUUACAGGCCUACUGUGGAAUCAAAGAGAGCUGCUGGUCAAACAAAGAAGACUCCACCUCUGCCCAAAUUGCUAGAUAACCUAUCCCUUGAUACUCUAGUGAUGUGUGGAGUCCAUUUAUACACAUAUAUCUGGGAUUCAGAGAGCAUUUUACAUGUUUGUGGGUCCCUCCAGUUGUGGAUAUGAGGUGUAUAGGUUGAUGAUGUAUAUGAUCAACCUUGUUUUUGUCUGGCUCCAUCUUUAUUUGUUGUUGUUGUUGUUGUUAUGCGUAAGGUGUACGUGUACCCUAAUGAUGUUCCACUUAUUCAGCUUGCAUAUCAUUGCCUGGUUAUAUAUACAGAAGAGGAGAUGCCUCAUUGAAUGCCUGAUAUUUUUGUUAGUUUUGUAUCCCU